AUGGAAUAUUCAUCUAUUCAAUUGAAUGAUUUACCAGAUGAAAUUCUUAUUUAUAUUUUUAAAAAAUUGUCUAAUGCAGAAAUACUUUAUUCUUUAUCAGGUGUCAAUAAACGAUUAAAUAAAAUUGUACAUGACUCGAUUUUUACAAAUGAUUUGUCUCUUUUUAUGUCAACAUCGGAUGGUUUAGUUUAUUCAUUAUCUGAUCUAAUACUUGAUCGAUUUUAUUCACAUAUUUUACCUUCGAUUCAUCAAAAAAUCCAAUGGCUUCAUCUUGAAUCAGUUUCAAUGGAACGUAUUCUUCAUGUUAAAAAUUAUCCUAAUUUAUAUGGAAUUAGUUUACAUAAUAUUCAAGAAAAAAAAGCUAUAGAUCUUUUUACUAAUGAAACUUCCAUAAUUCGUAAAUUGAAUAAUCAACUUUUAUCACUUACUAUCGAUAUUAGUACAAACAGAACACAAGAUUAUCUAACAAACAAUAAUGCAAUUAUAUUUAAUCGUAUCUUUACUAUGUUUCCUAAUUUACAAUAUUUAAAUUUUGGUCGAUCUUCAAUUCGCGAUGAACGAUUAUCCUUUUCUUUUACACGUCUAACUGUUAUUUCUACAAAUUUGUUAGAAUUACAUGUCUGUUUGGAUACUUUUCAUGAUUGUCUUUAUUUACUUGAUGGACAUUUCAAUCAACUUCAUACACUUUAUGUUGAUCUCAGUGUCAUUGGCUAUGAGAAGAGAAGAGUUAACAACAUAGAAAAACUACCUAGUUUAAAAUCCUUUUGGUUACACUGUGAAACAAUAACAUUUGUUUAUGAUGAAUUAGUUUUACCACUUUUAUAUCGAAUGUCAAAUUUAGAAAAGCUUGAUUUGUAUAUUUAUGUUGGUAAAAGAAAAACAUUUUUUGAUGGUAAUGAUUUCAAGAUGAAUAUUAUUAAUUAUAUGCCACAAUUAAACAAAUUCACAUUUAAUAUUUGUUCAUUAAGUAGCUUUUAUAAUGAUAUUAAUUUACCAUCAAAUGAAGAUAUUCAAAAGACAUUUAGUAACUUUAAUAAUAAACAAAUUAUCUAUUGGACUGAUUAUUUUCCAAAAGUAAAAAAUGGUUAUUGUCAUAUUUAUUCAUAUCCAUAUCAACUGAAAUAUUAUAAUAAUAUAACAAAUAAUUUUCAAGGUGGAAUAUUUAAAUAUGUUCGUCAAGUGUCAUUAUAUGAUGAACGUCCUUUUGAACAUGAAUUUUUCCUUCGAAUUGCUGAAUCAUUUCCAUUCAUGGAAGAAUUAACUAUACAUAAUGAACAACGACAAAUUAAUAAACAAUUUAGAAAAUCAAAGAAUGAAAAUCAAGACUUACCAAUCAUUAAAUAUCCUUAUCUUAAACAACUUGAUCUUAUCAAUACGUGCAUAGAUUAUUAUGAACAAUUCUUAUUCGAUACUAAAAUCAAUUUAGCAUUUGGUGUUCGUGUUUAUAUGGUUUAUGAAUUAGUGAAACAAGUGACACGCAAUUUCACAAGAAAUAGAACAAGAACUAAUUGUGCGAAGAUUAAUUGCGUAAAUUUAUCUGCAGAAAUACAAUAUCCUAGAUAUUCUGAUAAUUCUGGUGAAAAACAACAACUUCUUGAAUAUAUAAAAGACUAUUUUCCUCAUACACAAAUAAAUUAA